UCAUGUGACAUGUCACGCCUCAGUCAACAUGGCAGCGACCGUCUCUGUUUUUCAUCGAGCAAGACAUGGCCAGUUCGAUCAAGGCGUCAACAUUAUUCAGGUGGAAGCCUGGGAGGAUGAAGAGCAGUGCAUCAAGCUGGCGGAGAUCCUUGAGCUUCUUUUAGCUGCUGGAUAUUUUCGAGCUCGCAUCAAAGGGCUGUCACCUUUUGAUAAGGUGGUUGGCGGGAUGACCUGGUGCAUCACCACAUGUAACUAUGACAUUGACAUUGAUCUUCUUUUUCAAGAAAACUCCACCAUCGGUCAGAAGAUAGCUUUGACUGAGAAAAUUGUGUCUGUUUUACCAAAAAUGAAGUGUCCUCAUCACCUGGAGCCUCAUCAAAUCCAAGGGCUUGAUUUUAUCCACAUUUUUCCAGUGAUACAGUGGCUAGUGAAGCGGGCCAUAGAGACCAGAGAGCAAAUGGGCGACUACGUGAGAGCCUACUCCAUAUCUCAGUUCCAGAAGGCCUACGACCUUCCAGAGGAUGAAGAGUUUCAUCAUAGAAGAGGAAAGGCAGUAGGAGCAGUUCUUGAUGUACUGGAAGUAUACAAACCACAGAGAAAAUACAGAAGGCAAAAGGAGGCAGGGGAACUACUGGAUGAGGAGUCCAAGGUUCAGUCUACAUUGCUGGAAUAUGGCAGGCGAUAUGGAUUCAGCGAACAAUCCAAACAAGAUCAGUCAGGUGAAAAAAUGGCUUUGACGGCUAAGGACUCUGUGACACAGGUGUCAGAGGAAGAAGUUCAGUGGGCGGUGGAGGAGAUCCGGAUCAAAAGCUUGAUGAACACAAUGGCCGCCAUGGGCAAUAUAGAGGGCCAACUGACAGCAAGUGCGGUGGGGUAUAUUGUGGGACAACAGUCCGAGGAGAUCAAACUGAUUGCGUCUGAGUAUGCUGAUAAGCACGUGGAGGUAUCAGAGGAUUUUUCGGAGCGGUUUGGCACGCUUCACCAGCACCGCAGAGCUGUUGCUUCUCUGAACAAACAGAUCCAGCAGAAGGUUAACCAAUGUGGUGAGCUACAAGCCAAGCACACAGAAGUUAAGAAAGGUUGCGGCAAGGCCAAGAUAAAGCUGAUUGAGGUCACAGAGCAGUCGGAUAGACUGAUGAAGGAGCUGAUGAUUUUGGACGGCAUGGAAGGGCAAGCUGACAGCAGUGUGCUGGAGAAGCUGAGGUCUAUGGUAACAAUGAAUGAAAACUUGAAAAUUCAAGAACAGGAGUUCCGUACACAUUGUCGAGAUGAGAUGAUCCGUCUGCAAAAGAGUAUUGACGAGUUAGGACCUGCAUCUGGACUGGGUACAGGGGAGGACAAGGAAAGAAACCAAUUGAUUGACCAACAGCAUAAUACAGACCGAGACAAAUUACACAAGCUCCGUCUGCUUAUGGCUAGGAGGAAUCGAGACAUCGCCAUUUUGCAGAGAAAGAUUGAUGAAGUGCCUUGCCGUGCAGAACUCACACAGUACCAGAAGAGAUUCAUCGAACUGUUUUGCCAAGUUUCUGCAACACACAAAGAGACCAAACAGUUCUUCACUUUGUAUAAUACUUUAGAUGACAAGAAAGUUUAUCUCGAGAAGGAAGUUAAUUUGCUGAAUUCCAUUCAUGACAACUUCCAACUCUAUCUUAAAAAGACAACCUAAGUAAAUAUAAAAUGCACCUUCUAAAUGAUGAUAACCGCCAGAUUUGUUGAAUGAAAAAAAAUCACUUAAAUAGUACUUGUUCAACGAAACGAAGUCGACUACAAGAUGUGAUAAAUAAAUUUACCGUGAUCCAAAGAAAUUAAACAAAUGAGAAGCAAAGUGAUUGAACUAUAUCAGUCUGGAAAAGGUUAAAGCCAUUUCUGGGACUCCAGAAAACUGUGAACAGUGGUGAACUUUUACAGGAGUGAUUGUUCAACCAAAAUUACUCCCAAGACCGCAACGACGAUUAUCCAUUUCGUCACAGAAGAACCCGGAACGACAUUCAAACAACUGCAAGCCUCAACUUAGUUAAAGGCAGUGUUCAUGACUCAACCAUAAGAAAGACACUGGGAUAAAAAUAGCAUCACCAUGUGAGUUCCAAGGUGCAAACCACAAAGACUCAUAGUUACUCUUUAAGAAGGUUAUAACUCAGCAGAGUCAAACGCAGUGGAAGUGUGAUGGUCUGGGGCAGCUUUUUUUCUUCAGGAUCUGGAAGACUUGAUGUGAUUAAACAAUGAAACAGUGAAUUCUGCAGACUGAGGAUAUUUUGUGCCGUGAAGCUGAUGUGCUCUUGGGUUGUGCAGCAAGAAACUGAAUCAUACCAACUUCUGAAUGACAAAAAAAAACAAUAAAGGUUUUGAAAUAAAUGGAUGGGGCAUUCUCGAAAACCCUCCAAUAAUCAUGGCGUUCCAACAAUUCCGCAAAGAGUGGGCCGAAAUUCCUCCACAGCAAUACAGAAGUCUCAUCGCCAGUUAUCCCAAACCCUUGAUUUCAGAUGCACCCUAGGGUGUCAUACAUAACCUGUUAUUAGGUUCAAGGGGUAAUUAUUUUUUUCCCAUUGGGCCAGAUAGGUUUGGAUGAAUAAAUAAUAAAAUCAUGAUUUAAAGCAGACCCAGGCAAAGUACAGACAGUCUCUGACUCGACCUCACAGUCUUUAUGAAGUCAAAAUAAAACAUAAAAUAUGCGUUACUUUUGUGAAAGUGGUGUACAUGUGUGGAUGGUGCAAGCGAGAAAAACCAAGAAGUCCUUCAGUGUUGCCAACUAAGCGAAAUUGUCUCUAUUAGGGAUGGGCGAGUACCGAUACCAGGUACCGGGCCGAUACUAGCCUUAAUUCAAGGUAUUGAAUACUCGUGCAAGCAACCAAUACCAGCAACCAAUGCCUGGAGGCAAAAAAAAUAAAAUCUGACCUUAAUUGCUCCACGCCAGUAGUUCGUGCUACCCUCGCGGUUUGACACUACGGCAAAUCGUGUGUCACUUCCUGCUCUGGCAACAACAAACUUGCCUGCAUGGCUGAUUUUCUCGCCAAAACUUUGUCAGUUUGGAAAUACUUCAAGGUGAACGAAGAGGAACCAAACUUUCAAUAGGUGGUACAAAGAGAACGAGCAAAAAGAGGUCAAAACUGUCGUGGGAAAAGUGGAAACUCCAGCUGCCAACUUUAUGGCAAACUCUACAGAAGACAGAAAAUUGAAAAGCACCAAUCUGAGAUCAUUACAAAUAACACAAGGACUCGCAGAAAUGAUCUUAUUUGAUAGCUUUCCACUUUCAUUUGAGGAUGUGGGAUUCCGACAGUCCGUGACGGUUGUGGAGCUGACGUAUAAAUUGCCCUCAAGCCACAAUUAUAUGAGGACUGUAAUGCCACAGGUACAUGACCAUGUUAAAAAAAAACAUUUUAAACAAAAAACAGAAGGUUGUUGUGUAACACAACAGUGGUUAACUUCCACACUGAUAUUAGGAGCAGCAAUGUGAAUCCAAUGUCUCUCAUCAGCCAGUCUGCGCAGUGGAUUAUGAUUUGCGACUUCAUAGUUUACAUCAUCCUGUAUGGCAGAGUUAGUGGAUCGCAGACAGGACAAGCGAUCGCAGUGAAAUUUGAAGAGAUGCAUGAUACGUGGAAUAUUCCUAAAGAAGCUAUUAACGUUGUGUUACAUACGACAAUGAGAAGAACAUGAUAACAGGUAUGGAUGAGUUAGAGCUUCCCAGUCUCUUGUGUGUCGCGCACACACUCCAGCUGGCUGUGAAUGAAGGCUUGCUUGCUCAAAAAUCUCGAUCAGAUGCCGUGGCCAUAGGACUUGAAUAAAACUCAGCGAGAGUUCACGGUUGAACCGUUUUAUUUUACACUUUUAUUUUAAACAAAUACUAAUACUGAGAGAGUUGCUCGUUUUAUUUUGCACUUUUGUUAAUUUAUUACGAAUUAAUCCUAACUCAGUGUUUUAUUUUGGACUUUAAUUCUCUAUUGCUGAGGGACUGUUCUGCCUAUUAUCAGAAGUAAAAAAAGCUCUUUUUUUCAAAAUCAUCUGUCUUUGUGUUAAUUGAAAUUGUAUGUAUAAAACAAUUACUAGUACUUGGUAUUGGUGAGUACUCAAGAGUUGAGUACUCGUACGGGUAUCAGUCUGGAAAAAAGUGGUAUCGAACAUCCCUAGUAUCUAUAUUAGCGACUUCUCCGACCCCUCGAGUGACGAUAUUAUAAAAAGUGACGAGCAACAAUGGCGCCAGUAUAGUCCUUAUUUUAGCAAUGUUCUUAUUUCCUGCAAGGUGGAGGGAAGGGGGGAUUAGCCCCCGUAAUGAUUUGGUAGUCCCAACUAGGAAUGGCUAAUAUACAAGUUAGUGGUUGGUUUAUUUUGAAAAUAUUUUAAAAAAUGAUGCACACUGUAGACAGGUUUUUUUGCGAAUGCUACCAAAUGUCAAUUUUAACAUUUCUAUUUUCCAAUCAUAACAUAUAACAAGUACCACCUUACAAAAAGAAUAUAAUUUCAUGCAUUAUAUAGAUACAUUAAUAGAAAAAAGAGAAAAUGAUCUAUACAGGCUGGCCAGACAGAGGGACAGAGAUGGGAAGGAUGUGCAGCAGGUUAGGGUGAUUAAGGAUAGAGAUGGAAAUAUGUUGACUGGUGCCAGCAGUGUGCUUGCUAGAUGGAAAGAAUACUUCGAGGAGUUGAUGAAUGAGGAAAAUGAUAGAGAAGGGAGAGUAGAAGAGGUAAGUGUGGUGGACCAGGAAGUGGCAAUGAUUAGUAAGGGGGAAGUUAGAAAGGCAUUAAAGAGGAUGAAAAAUGGAAAGGCAGUUGGUCCUGAUGACAUUCCUGUGGAGGUAUGGAAGCAUCUAGGAGAGGUGGCUGUGA